GAUUUCUCUCAGAUUUUCUUUAAAUGUUUCUUCUAUUUGACAUGUUCCUUCUCAUAUUGUAAUGCAAGGAGGUGACAUAAUUGGUCGUCAUUCUAAUCCAUCAUGUCAAGCAUAUAUUCAGAAGAAAGCACCUCUCCGAGUCCUUUGAGUCAGUAAGAGUUUUUGCGCUUUUAAUCUAUCCGCCCUAGGACUUGAUUAGGAUGCUCAUUUGAUUUUCCCUCCGGAGUGGAUUUAGGAGGCUGCAGUUCAGUUGUUUGUGGCAAUUUGCCAAACAGUCAUUGAUAAAGAAAUACUGAGAUGUGGUUGUAAAUCUCUCAUAAAGGAGUGUUUGCUUCAGGAAAAGUAAAGCUGAUAGCAGUAGUUCCAUAGGCGUAGAUUUCGUGGGGAUGUAGGGGAUAUGUCCCCCCCCCCCCAUUAUUUAGAAUAGGUAGAUUUGUCCUCCUCACAAAAUAAUAAAGACAACCCACUCGCCAAAAGAGGGAGAAUUAACUGUCCAGGGGCUCGUUUCCCAACGAUUUCAGACACCCCUAUAGUGGACCAUACCAUCUUAACCUCGCAGCACGCGUUCGUGUUGCAGUGGCAACAUAUGAAGCUGCGGUCGAAAAUGUCGAGAUCUACGAACGAUCUGACGGAAAACAAUUUUGUCUACUUGUGCUGCAGAAAUUGUUGCAAAAACAAUUCACCAGAAUGCAGGGAACAAAGUUAUUUGACGCUCAGACUAUACUGGGGGUCCACAGAACAACCCCGUCCCCCGUCCCCUGUCCCCCCGGUUAUAAUGUGUCCCCCCAAUGUUGAAACAAAACCUUCGCCCUUGAGUAGUUCUAUCAUGUUCAAAGACUUUGUAUUUAUUCUCUCUCCCCUCUGCUGCAUGCAGAACCAAAUCUUGGAGGGCUCAAGAGAGUGGUCUCUGGUGGUGGCAACGAUCACAGAAAUCCCACCCCUCCUGUUUCUGCCUAAUUUCCUGGUGCAGCGGAAAGUGUUGAGGCCUUUGCGGACACAGACUGGAGGAACAAUAAUGGCAGGAAAACUAGCUGUUGACCGAGGAUGGGCUAUAAACGUAGGAGGAGGCUUCCACCACUGCUCCAGCGACAGGGGAGGAGGCUUUUGUGCCUUCGCUGACAUCACUCUGGCCAUCAAGUUUCUGUUUGAGAGAGUGGAGGGCAUCUCCAGGGCUACCAUCAUCGAUCUGGAUGCUCAUCAGGGAAAUGGACACGAGCGUGAUUUCUUGGACGACAGACGAGUGUUCAUCAUGGAUGUGUAUAAUCGCUACAUAUAUCCUGGGGACGGAUAUGCCAAAAGAGCCAUAAAGAGAAAGGUGGAGCUGGACUGGGGCACUGAAGACUCCGAGUACCUUCAGAAAGUAGAGCUCCACUGUGAGGGAGCGCUGAACGAGGUCCAACCUGACAUCAUUGUCUACAACGCAGGGACGGACAUCCUGGAUGGGGACCCGCUUGGAGGACUCUCUAUAUCACCACAGGGCAUUGUAAAUAGAGAUGAGAUUGUGUUCAGGGCUGCGACGCGACGGGGCAUCCCCAUACUCAUGGUAACAUCUGGGGGAUACCAGAAGAAAACCGCCCGCAUCAUCGCUGACUCCAUCCUCAACUUGCACCGGCAGGGCCUGAUUGGAGCAGAGGCUCUGGAGGGGGAGGGAUCAUCAUCACUGGUGACCAGCAUGAUGUGCAGCUCUGGAUCUGUUGGAUCAACAUUCACUGCUGUAUGAGUAGGGUUAGGUAUUGUUUUUUUAACCGAUACCGGUGCUAAAACGAUACCUUUCAAACGGCGCCAGUGCCUAAACCGUGAACUGAUACUUACUAGACCGCAAAACGACAGUCGCUGACAUUAAAAAACGGCUUGUUUAUUGCUAAAGCCAUAUGGUCAAAUGUAAAUGAUUUAUUGAAAAUGUAAAAAUAAUUUUAUUUUAACCAGUCAAUUGCUGUUAAACGACAAAAAAGGAACCACUAGAUGGCAGAAGAGUACUUUACAACAACAUUGAAUGCACCAUGAGCUUACAAGUUGCAAUUGAAUGCACCAUUAAGUCCCGUCGGUGUGGUUUCUCUGACAACCUCGACUAGGGCAGUGGCCAGCUGCAGACUGGUAACGACUGGUAAACGUCCCGGUGUUGGAGUCCUUCCUUUCCGUUUAGCUUUCAGCAUUUUAACCGCGUUUAAGACAGCUACUAGUAGGGGUGUAACAAUACAUCGAUAUAUCGAUUCAAUCCUCAAUGAUCCAAUAUUAUCAAUACAAAGGUUAAAUAUCAAUACAUAUCGUCAUCUUUAAGAUGUGCUUUUAUUUUGAAAUUUCCACUUUAUAUUUAUUCUUUUUAUUAAAAAGAGUAGUUUGUUUUUUAAUUUAAAUGUCUGGAAGAGCUUGGGCGGCCUU